AUGAUCGCGCUCCUCGUCGCUCUUCUGUACGCUACCUGCGCCCUGGCCGGCGAACUCCACCGGCCAGUCAUCAAGUAUCCCGACUCGCGGCGCCUGGGCCUCGACCUGGUCGCGGCACUUCCCUCGCGCACCAAGAAGGUGACGGUCUGGUCCGGUGCACGCGCCAACAAGAUCCCCAAGGGGUGUGCCGACGUCGUGCGCGCCCACAAGCUCAACACGAAGGACAUCACGGUCGUCGACGUCGAGUACAACGACAGUGACAUUGUGUAUGCCCUGUGCCACCACCCUAAAGCUAAGAUGUCGCUCGACAAGCUGAUUGACUGGUACGGCAAGGCGCCCGGGUUCCUGCGCACGAACGCGCGGCACGUGAUGGCCAUCCCCGGCACGGGCGCGUCGGGCAUUGCGUCAAACGACAAUGUCGCCUACUUCAGCGACAUUGGCAUGCAGGGCUUCAUUCACGAACUCGGGCACGAGCUGGACACAUGGUGCGCUUUCCCCGGCAAAAAGAAGGCGUGGGACAAGUGCCGCGACACGCCCAUCUGGCGCGAGGCGUUCAACGAGGACUGGGCCGCUGUGACAGAGUACGCCAAUGCCAACCAUGGCGAGAACUUUGCGGAACUCACAGUGCAUGCGCUGUACCAGUGGCACGUGCAGGGCGGCAUCGACCGGCUCGGGGGCACCAUCAACGGCCAGCCGGCCAAGUCCAGCUACGAGCACGAGGUCGGCCGCAUCAUGGACUUUUGCUGGAAGGAGCUCGGCGGGACGACGCACGUGAGGAAGGAGGACGGGUACAAGGAGUACCCUAUUGUUGACAAGUAG